AUGGUUUGUGGAUUAUCUACUAGGCUGUUGAACAUAUGCAUAUCAUCAUUCUGUAAAGCCCGGCUUUUGGGGAGAGCCGAAGCCGUUAUUAUUGAUGGUAUAAGAUUAGGGGUGGUUCCGAAUAGACACACUUACAAUACUUUGCUUCAUGCCUAUUGUCAGUUUGUCGACAUUGAUGCUGCUUAUUCGGUUGUCCAUAGAAUGAAAGAAGCUGGGAUAAGUCCAGAUGUUUGUACUUUCAAUUCUUUGAUAUCCGGGGCCACCAGGAAUCGGUUAUUGUCUCGGUGCCUGGAUUUGUUUGAUGAAAUGUUGCAAGAAGGUAUACAUCCUGAUGUGUGGAGUUACAAUAUUUUGAUGCAUUGUUUCUUUAAGUUAGGGAAACCUGAUGAAGCCAACCGAGUCUUCCAGGAUAUUUUACUUAGCGACCUCACUCCUCAUGCAGCUACAUAUAACAUAAUGAUUAAUGGCCUUUGUAAAAAUGGGUACACUGAUCAUGCUCUUAUGUUAUUUAGGAAUUUACAACGUCACGGAUUUGCUCCCACGCUAGUGACGUACAAUAUUAUUAUCAGUGGGCUAUGCAAGGCACGUAGAGUGCGGCAAGCGAGGAAAAUUCUACAGGACCUUGUAGAAUCAGGUCAUGUGCCAGAUGCCAUAACCUACACUACAGUUUUGAAGAGCUGCUUUAGGUCUAAGCAAUACGACCACGGGCUUGAGAUUAUGUCAGAGAUGAAGAGUAAAGGGUAUACAUUUGAUGGCUUUGCAUACUGCACUGUCAUUGCUGCCUUACUUAAGACUGGAAGGAUGGAAGGAGCAAAUCUUUUCAUGGAACAAUUAAUGGAUAGUGGCAUUGAAAUGGACUUGGUGUCUUAUAACAACUUACUUAAUACACUUUGUAAAGAUGGUAAGUUUGAAGCUGCCUAUAAGUUGAUGGAUGAAAUAGAGAAUCGGGGCCUUUCGUGUGAUAAGUAUACUCAUACAAUCAUGAUUGAUGGAUUGUGUAAGGCGGGAAAUAUAGCUGGUGCUCUAAAACAUUUACAUUAUAUGAAUAUGAUGGGAUUCCAUGAUAACGUGGUUGCCUUAAAUUGUCUGAUUGAUGGCUUGGGUAAAGCUGGUGAAAUCGAUCGUGCAAUGGAAUUGUACAAUUUAAUGGAGACUAGGGAUUCUUUUACCUAUGACUCCUUGGUGUUCAAUCUUUGCAAGGCUGGAAGGUUCCUUUGUGCAUCUAAGGUUAUGAUGAAAUGUUUAAGAGAUGGAAUGUUAUUACUCUACUCUACCAGGCGAGCACUCCUUAAUGGUCUUCGUAGUAUAGGGUUUACAAAUGAAGCAAGAAAGCUUCGAUCAAAAAUUCAAUUGGCUCGGCUGUUACGUUAACAAUUUUGUGUGGUUUUGCUGCUGGAAAUGACAUACCCUGAAGAAUGAUGUGAACCACUGCCCCCACUCUAGUUAUUGAGUAAACAUCUGAUGAUUUGGGUUGUCAAGCUCUCUCUACAGCAUGUCUUAUAAAUGGUAAAGAGUGCUGUUGAAUCUGAAUGCGAGAUGGAUUUACUAACCUGUAAUGCUUUGCAUCUAGUCUGCUGGUCCUGCUGGAUUGUGCAACUUUAAGACACUGCUUUUAGUGAACAACCCAUAACAUGUAAUACUGGGAAAGUCAUUUGACGCCAUGUUUCUUCAGGGCAUAGUGGGAUGCUGGUUUGGAUUGUUCAGAGUCAGUAUGGAACUUCAGAUAAAACUGAGAACUCUAACCCAGAGAGGGAAACAUGUGUAUUGAAUUCUUCUUUUUAUGUGAGUAACUGAAAUCUUGAUAAAUCGUUUCUUAUUUUCAUUUUAUUGCUGCACCAGACCAGAGAGGAAUUAAAGGUUCUGAGUCCUUUUUUAAAAUUUGUUUUGAUUCCUAAAAGAGAUAAAGAAGAUAACUCCAGUUCCUAGAAUAAGGACAAACUUGUUUAUGUUUUAUAAAUAUAAUAAUUUGAAGUCACUGGCUAUUCCUUAAUUUU